UCCAGAUUUUAUGUAAUACGCGGAGCGCUUUGUGCGUGUGUAAGCAAAGAAACAAAAGCUUCUUCCAAAGUCGAGGAAAGGGGCGGGGUGGAGGAGGAGAAGAAAUUGGGGUGGAAGAAAAGGGAACGCCCGUUGCGCAUGAAAAGUUAUUCGUGUACCUGGGCUUUGCUUCCUCCACCCUUCGCUCGUUAAGUGCGGGACGCGGUUUCCUUCUACUCCCCCCUCUCCUCCGCUGGUAGACGAAAGGACAGCCGAGGCGAAAUAAAAAAGAGCCCCAGAAGUCGAGCCGGGAAGCCGAGCGACUUGGCUCAGCGUUUUCCCAGCCGCCUGGCACACACUCAGGGCGCUGUAGAUGAUCCGGCUGAACUUCGCGCUUGAAGGAGGCAAGAACGCAAAGCCGCAACUCCCGGCUGGGUGUCUUGACCUCGGAAACCGGUCCGCUUCGUUUCCAGAGCAGUUGGCAAGGGGGAAGGGGUCGAAGGUCCCGGGAGCGACAAAAAGUCAGCCCGGGCCGUAGCUUUGAAAGAAGCCCAUCGCAGGGUGAUGCUGCAGGUUGAGCCAGGAGAAAAGUGCAACAAAGCGGCGGAGUAGACGGAAGGGAAAUUGAAACAGAAGCGCCCCCCCCCCUCCGCUGACUCCGAGUCUCCAUCCUUCUGAAGCAGAAAAGUUAGCCGAGGGCGCGUGUGCCUUUAAGAGCCUGCUACUUGGCUCCUGGUUUUGCCGAAAGCACCUAAAGAAGGAAGAGUCACUUCUGCCCUCGGCCAAGUGUCCGCAGCAGGGUCAGAGUAGCCGGCUAGGCACCGAGUUUCCCGGAGCCCGCCCGCGCGCACUUUCGCUUCAUUUCGAUGGUAUUUCUUUCGCGAGGACUCGGGUGCCCUUCACGGGGCCUUCCGAGAGGACUCCUGUAGGCUCUCUCGCAGGUAUACACGCCCCCCACCCCAGCCCGACUUGCGGAAGCAGAAGCCAUGGAGGUUUUCCUCUGCGCCUCUUGCCACUUAGCCCUGUGGGAGCCGGUGACCAUGUCGUGCGGCCAUUCCUUCUGCAGAAGAUGCCUGGGAGAAGAUUCGCCCGCCAAGUGCUGCGUCUGUGGGGACAAGCUCGUCCUCCUGGGCUCGAGAACUGUGCAGUGCAACGUCCUGCUCUGUGACUUGCUGGAAAAAUGCUUGGAUAAAGACACCCGAGUGGCCAGGCUGAAAGCCGAUUUGGAGGACCUGCUCAGGAGCGGAAACUACAAGGGGGCAUUGAAAAUCCUCCAGAAAGGAGUCGGCUUGGCUCCAGAUGAUCUUCAACUGAGGAUGUACCGUUCAGAAGUGUAUGUGUCUUUGCAGAGAUAUCCAGAGGCCCUGAAGGAUUUGGAGAUGCUGUGUGUUCAGGAACCAGAAGAAUGUGAAAUUCUCACAAGUGAUGACUCCCUUUUUCCAGGCACUGUUGUGGGGUUAAAGAGUGACGUCAGUCAGAACUCGAAAGAGUCAAAUUCAGGGAAAGAACCAACUUUAUUUGUGCCUUCUGAAGGAGAAUGGCUACAGGAUUUAAAGCAAAGCCAAGAAGUUUGGCAGGAAGAAACUAUGACUGGUCAGAACCUUGGAUCACUUUCCCUGCCAGAGUGGUUGUUGAAGAAGUCUAACUCUGGUGUUUUUGACAAAAAGGAGGAAGAUACUGAGAAGGGAGCAACAGCAGAAACAACAGGAGCCAAGUCCACACAGGGCAUUAGGAGCCUCUUGAGUACAUCAGACUUGGAAUGUUCUCUUUGCAUACGUAUGUUCUUUGAGCCAGUGACGACACCUUGCGGCCAUACUUUCUGCAAAGAGUGUGUGGAGCGCAGCCUAGACCACAGGCCCAACUGCCCACUCUGCAAACAGAGCCUGAGAGAGUACCUGAAGGCUCGGAAGUACAGUACUACAAUAGUAUUGGAGGAGCUCAUGUCGACCAUCUUUCCCUCGCAGUUGGCAGACAGGAGGCAGAUCCACCAGACUGAGAUGGCUGAACUCUCCAAUCUUACCAAGGAUGUCCCUAUCUUUGUGUGCACACUAGCCUUUCCAGGCAUUGUGUGUUCUCUUCAUGUGUUUGAGCCUCGCUAUCGCCUUAUGAUUCGAAGGUGUCGGGAGACUGGCACAAAGAUGUUUGGCAUGUGUAUGUCUGAGAAUGGGAAGAGUUUUGCUGAUUAUGGCUGUAUGUUGGAGAUUCAGAAAGUAGAUUUUCUCCCUGAUGGACGGUCUUUUGUGAACACCACAGGCAAGCGGAGGUUCCGGGUUUUGAGACGGGGGCACAAGGAUGGUUACAACACUGCUGAUAUCGAAUACCUGGAAGAUGAAAAGGCAUCUCCUGAUGGACCAGCUUGGUGCUGGUGGCUUAUAUUAACUUUGCCCCUUGAUGUGACCCGCAAGUUGGCUGUCUUUUCUGACACAUCCCUGAAGAGCCGACUCACUCAGCUGAAGAAUAUUCUGAAUGUCGUUUUGGAAAGCAGCGAAUUCAAUAGCUAGCUCUCCAGUGUCAUCCUGGGAAGAAUGCUGUGGCACAAAAGGAGCAAAUUCUGCACUGUAUUCCCCACCAUUUUUCUUGGUGGGGUUGAAGCCUUAACUUUUUUUUGUUUUUCUUUUUGUUCUCUGUGCGUACAUGUGGGGUUUUUUUGCUGUAGACCUGACCCCAGCAAUAGGCAAUGAAUCAGCAAACUGAAACCAUGUAUGAAACAGUAGCAAGUUCCAGUAAUGUUGGUGCACCAUCCACAGAGAGUCUUUAAUUGACCUUGUUAGGCAUAAAAGGCAGUGGGUCUAGAAGUGACAUUUGCCGAGGCACCUGACUGGCUUACCUGCCUUGCACUAAAUGAAGAAAUAGCUGCUUCCUCAGGCAAAAGGCAUAGAGUCCUAGGUCUUGGGUCUUACAAAUGGGUUCUGUGUAUGCUAGAUCCUUAAAAAAGAAACAUCUUUAGAAAAGGCUGUCACAUUUGAGUCUCAUUUACUGUUUUGUUACAGAUGUGCUCAUUACUUAUUUGUUUUGGUCUAUAUGUUGCUAAAAUGAUCUUUCUGGAAGGCUAAAAAAAGUUUGCUUGAAUAGUAUCCAGUCAGACUAGGAUCUCAGAAACCCAGGUUUGAAUCUUCCUUCUGCUUGGUGACCUUGGGCCAGUC